UAAAAAAAAAAAUACAGGUGAUUUUAAAGUUUGGUAUUAAAAUGAUCCCGGAACUUGAUUUAAAUGAAUGUUUAAAAGAUUCUCCUAAAUUCAGAACUGCACUAGAGGAGCAUGAAGUAUCCAUAAGUGAAUUAGAAUCGCAUCUAGAAAAGUUAGUCAAGAUUUCUGUUCAGAUGGUUGAAGCAGGAAAGAGCUAUUCUAAUACAAUAAGGUUGCUGAUGUAUAGUUUAGAAAAUCUCACUAGCUUUUUCUCUGCAGAUGAGUUUGUGUCGAAAUAUCUCAAAAAAAUGAAUGGUGUUCUUGGUGAUCUUCAAAACUAUUUCUCUACUUUUUUGGAGCAUGCACAGAAAACUAUGUCAUGUAAUAUUAAUCACUUCAUCAAGGAAGACAUUAAGAAAGUAAAAGAAACAAAGAAAGUUUUUGACAAAGUAAGCUAUGAAGUAGACAGUGCGAGAAUACGAAAUAGUCAACUUUUAAAAACAUGCAAACCAUCUGAUGGCGAGGAGGCAAUAAAUAUUCUGAUUGCAACUCAAUCAUGUUUUAAUCAUACUGCUUUGGAUUACACUUUUCUGGUUAAAAGCUUGCAAUCCAAAAGACGGUUCUAUAUACUCAGCCAAGUUGCUGUUUUUUUAAAUGCCACAUCCACUUACCACAAACGUGCAAAUGAAAGUUUUGAUAAAUUCCAACCAGACCAAGAAGAACUGAGCAGAGAACUAGAAAUUUUGCAAAAAACAUUUACAGUAAAGCUGAAAGAAAUGGAUGACAGACACUCUUUAGUCAGAUUGAAGGAUGUUGAACAUGAUAACAAUCUUGUUGAUAAUCUUCCUGUUAAUAAAAGUGAAGUUGUCUUAGAUGGGUAUUUGUUCAAAAAAUCAAGUAAUGCAUUCAAGAACUGGCACAGGAGAUGGUUUGUAAUACAAAAUAAUAAACUUUAUUAUACAAGAAGGUCUAAAUCUGAAUGUGUGACAGAAAUGGUUGACUUACGACUUUCGACUGUAAAAAAUGCAGACGAUUGUGAUCGACGUUUUGUAUUUGCUGUUGUUUGCCCAACAAAAUGUUGGUAUUUGCAAGCAGACAAUGAAACAUUAAAAUCUCGUUGGAUAGCAGCUAUGCAAAUGGCGAUUGCGCGUGCACUUAAUGAUAACUCGGGUGAUUUGCAAGUUGGUACAGUUUCUAAACUACAUCCACAAUACCUAUUGCAACAAAUCAGUCAACUCCCUGGAAAUAAUUGCUGUGCUGAUUGUGGAAGUCUUAAUCCAAAAUGGGCAAGCAUAAACUUGGGAAUUAUUCUUUGUAUUGAGUGUUCUGGUAUACAUAGAAGUCUUGGUGUUCAGGUUUCAAAAGUGCGCUCUAUUACUCUUGAUGAUUGGGAUCCAGAAACCAUAAAUCUGAUGUUAGAGCUUGGUAAUGAGGUGGUAAACAACAUCUAUGAGGCCAAUGUUGAUUCCAAUCAUCAUAAACCAUUAGCACUAAGUACAAGAGCAGAACGAGAAAUUUGGAUCCAUGCCAAGUAUUUGCAAAAGCUUUUUAUAAGUCCAAUGCAAUCUCCUUGUCAAACACGUUUAAAGCGAGGCAAGUUAAUAAAAAGAAAACUUAGAGCUCGUUCUUUAGAAAUUAUUGACAGCACUGAUGAUGCUCACUUGAAUGCAAACCUAGUGGAUGAGAAAAAAAAAAUUAGUCUUUCUAUAUCAGCCAAUAUCAGUCGUGUAAGCAAUAAAGAAGAAAAUCUCAACAGUCUUCAUCCUAACUUACUGUUAUACAGAGCUUCGAAGAUCAAAGAUAUUUCUCUUAUUGCUUAUGCAUUUGCAAAUGGUGCUGACGUGAAUUGGCGUAACUUUGAUUCCGACUUGAGAACAGCACUUCAUGAAUCUGUCAUAUCGGGUUCUGUGACAAUCAGCGAGUUUUUACUUCAAAAUGGUGCUCAUUUAAAUGCAGUUGACAGGUCUAAUCAAACUCCACUUCAUUAUGCUGCUUUAUAUGGUAGUACAGGGCACACUUGUUUGUUUUUAAAACGCGAUGCUAAUCAGAAGUCACUAGACAAAGAUGGAAAGGACCCUCUAAUGAUUGCUUUGGGCAACACUCAUGCAGAUAUUGUGACACUCUUACGAUUGGCACAACUUCAUGAAGAAAUUAAAGAAACUGAUUUGAAUAUGGGAGGAGAUGAAACAGUGAAUAAUGUUUUUCGUGAUUUUUCUAAUAUGGCAUCUCGUCAAUCUGAUAGGUUAAAGCGAUCUAAUCGGCAAACUAUUGUUUAGCUGUGUAUUAUAAAAGACAUUUUUACAAAUUUUUAUAAAUUUUUUUUAAAGCCAAGAAUAUUUAAGCAUAUAUAUUUUCUUAUCGGACAAAUUAUGCAUAUUUCAAAUUUCAUAA